UGGGCUUUGUCGUUGUACUCUGUUACUUUAGCAGCCCCGCUGAGUGUCUGUUACUGUUGCGUAGGAAAAUCAAGAACGGCUUAAACUCGGAGGAGCUUGUCUUACAUAAAUACCACUUGUAUAAAACAGUAUCAAAAAAUGCUUUCAGUCACUCUGGACAACAGCGGGUCUCCCAAGAAGCGGUCUUUAUCACGUACCGAGGAUGAAUCACUCCGUAGCAUCAUAAAGGAGGCUGAGAGCUCAUCCAGGCGUCUGACACGAAGCGACAGUCGACCAGGGACCUUGAAGAGGAGGCCUGACAGCCAGCAUUCAGACCAGGACCUCUCAAUAGGGCUCUCAGAAAUGCUGGAGCUGCAAGCCAGCUAUGACGAGGCGGUGCACGAGUUGCGUGGGCUGGAGGUGGAGCGUGAAGCUCUGUUGUUCCAGGUGGACGUCCUGCAGGACACACUGGAGGGUGUGGAGGAGCUGCUUGCCGAGACCCAGAGGGAGGCUGGGCAGGCUAAUGUGGAGUUGGAGCGAGAGCGGGAGGCCAAGAGGAAGCUGGAGCGUUUGGUCCACGCUCUAUUACAGGAAGUGGAGACAUUAAAAGAGGAAAAAAACAUCCGUUUGCAUGUAUCGGCGGACACAAGUGAAGUGGACGCAACGAGACGAGGAUGUGAAAUGAACGAACCUGCCAAGAACGCCCCAAUAUCUAAUUUUUCCAGAGAAGCGAUUGUUGCAUCUGAGGACGUGCUUCCGACUAAGGGAGACGAGGGGGGCGUCGCGACCAAAGUGAAGUGGGUGGCCAACAGCGCCCCCUCCCUCGCACUUGACCCGCUCCAUGAGGACGGGGUGCACCGGAGGCCUUACGAAUGCCAACGAGACGCAUCUCCGGACAAGAGCGACUCAGAUACCGCAAGCACGUACGAGGACGCGUCUGCGGAGACUCCCGAGCAGGACGACGACCCUUUGGAGUUGCCGCACGACUCGGCAAGUAAAGAUGACGUCGACUCCCAGGAGCCCCAAACCGGUGAUAACUGCAUUGUCUCUUAAUUUAUUUGGAAACCACACACCGUUUUUCAAAGAUGCCAGUCUCAAGAUGGCUGACAAGCUGAUUCGUUGUUGCCAAUACUAUCUUUACUACGUGUCUUCUUUUUGAUACUCUUUCAAGAAAAGUUAGCCGCUGCCUGAAAAAGAAAAAGUUGAUUUGUAUCCAGUGGAACUAAAGGCCCAUAGACUGACUUGUCUGCAUUAUGUCCCCAUCAUUGUGGUUGCAUUUCAGGAAAACGUUGUUUUGGGAGACCUAAUCCGAGAAUCUUGUAUUUGGUGAGUUUUUUUUUUUUUUUGUAAGGUCAUUAUAAAAAUUUCAUAAAUGUAAGGGAACCGCAAUUUAUUCACUGCCUGACCGAGUGACAAGUUGUGUUCUUAGGUCUUUUGUAUCGUUAAUUUUGAGGAUUGAGGGGGGAAUUGGCUGCAUUUGCACUUUUCAUAAGGUUGUGCUUUGAAAAACAUUCCAUUUCGAACCAGUAACAUGCCAACCAGGGAAAGCAAGUCCUUUGUCUGCACGAGAAGCCUGCAUUGUUGCACAUUUGCAGUGCAUUUUUCAUGUCUAAUUGCUGUAUACUUUUUUUUUUUACAUCCUAUGGGAGCUAUUUGCAUGAACUUUUACAUCACGUUUUUACUUCCACGGGGCACAUACAUUGUAUAUCAGGUUAAACACUGUUUUGCACUUAGAAACCUUACAAAAUUUCACAAAUCAGAUUUUAUAUUUUCAUCCUGCUAAUGUAACAUUGUCAUACAUGAACGUUCAUCUUUCCACUUACAUAUCUUCUUGUGGUGAAUAUUUCUAAUGAUUUCAUCGGUCAACGUGAUUGCUGUCAGUACUUGAUGAGCCACACAAAACUCCAGUGAUUGUUUUUGAUGUGGCAUUAUACUGCUGCAGUGCGUUCGCUUCAAACAAAUUUGUCAUGAUAUCAAAUUCAUGUUAUUAGUAAUUCUGAUCUGGAUACUCUUGUUUUCUUUUCCAAGUUUUCAAAUCGUUUACCGGUAUGUGCUUUUUCCAUAGAAAAAUGCAAGAAUAUAUAUUCUUAGUGAAAUGGUUGCAUCCAAAUCAUUUUGUACUAUGAAGUAAAUGUUCAUCUGUAAGAGUACAAAAGACUUGUAUUGACUAGAAACUUUGGAAUAAAAGGACUUGUUCAAA